CGGCGGCGGCGAGCGCACUGGAACUUUAGUGGCCCCUCCGUGAUCCGAGGCGGAGAGACUGCCCCGCGCGGGCCCUGCAGAUAUGAGUGACAUGGAUUCAUACAAGAUUCUUCUGGAUGGGCCAGCACCAUGGGGGUUCAGACUGCAGGGUGGCAAGGACUUCAAUAUGCCACUCUCCAUUUCCAGACUCACCCCCGGGGGGAAGGCAGCCCAGGCAGGGGCUGGAGUUGGGGACUGGGUGCUCAGCAUCGAUGGACAGAGCACCAGCACCAUGACCCACAUUGAAGCCCAGAACAAGAUCCGUGCCUGUGGGGACAAACUCUCUCUCAGCUUAAGCAAAGUCCAGAAUCUCCUAGGCAAACCUCAGAAGGACGCACUCCCUUCUUCUCAGCUCCCCAAAUAUAACUUCACUCCCAGUUCUGCCCUCAACAAGACAGCACGGCCCUUUGGAGUUAACCCUGCUCCAAGCACUCAGCCCGUGCGGGCGACGAAACCCGUGCAGUAUGUCCCUCCUGCAUCCGUCUGCACCACACAGCACAAUGGGUAUGUUGCUGUGCUUCUAGCCAUCUGGGAUGGGGCACAGAAUCCUGACAAGGUGACUGCUCACCCACCUGAGGUGAAGGCUGUGCCCGCAGAUAACCCACCACCUGAUUAUGGAGAUUACUACCUGGAGGACCAGCACUCUCUGCGGCUGGUGAGCCUGCCGGCUUUCUUUCCCAGCGAUGCCAGUAAAAAGAGACUUAUUGAGGACACAGAGGACUGGCGACCACGGACUGGGAUUACUCAGUCUCCUUCCUUCCGCAUUCUGGCCCAUCUCACAGGAACAGAAUUCAUGCGAGACCCAGAUGACGAGCAUCUUAAGGCGGCCAGCCAAGUGCCAGAUACCUUGUGUGUAAUUCCUCCAGGCUCUACUGCUCCAAAGCCUGCACCUAUCACAGGACCUUCUAGUCGUCCACCCUGGGCUGUGGAUCCUUCCUUUGCUGAGCGAUAUGCACCAGAUAAAACUAGCACUGUGCUGAGCACGCACAGCCAGCCAGCUACCCCAACGCCUGUGCAGAACCGCAACUCCAUUGUCCAGGCUGCACAACAAGCCCCGGAGAGUGCUAGCAAAACACCCAUCUGUUCUCAGUGCAACAAAAUCAUCAGGGGGCGCUACCUGAUGGCUCUGGGGCGCUACUACCACCCAGAAGAGUUCACCUGCUCACAAUGCAUGAAGAUGCUUGAUGAGGGUGGCUUUUUUGAGGAAAAGGGCUCCAUCUUUUGCCCCAAGUGCUACGACAUGCGCUUUGCCCCCAAUUGUGUCAAGUGCAAGAAGAAGAUUACAGGGGAAAUUAUGCAUGCUCUGAAGAUGACCUGGCACGUUCAGUGCUUUGUCUGCGCUGCCUGCAGAACACCCAUCCGCAAUCGUGCCUUCUACAUAGAAGAGGGGCAGCCCUACUGCGAGAGAGAUUAUGACAAGAUGUUUGGAACCAAGUGCCGUGGCUGUGAUUUCAAAAUAGACGCCGGUGAUCGUUUCCUUGAGGCCCUGGGCUUCAGUUGGCAUGACACUUGCUUUGUUUGUGCGAUCUGCCAGAUCAAUUUGGAAGGCAAGACUUUCUAUUCCAAAAAGGACAAGCCACUGUGCAAGAGCCAUGCUUUCUCCCACGUGUGAGGUGGAGACCUUAAGUGCUCAAGCUGCUGCCUGCCCAAACUCUGCAUCCCUCUUUCCUGUCCUGAGAGAGCUCCCAGACCAGAUGUCUCACUUGACCAUUUUUUCCCCAUAGAGGGAAAAGGGUAAAAUGCUCAGGGUCCUUUUAGUACUUUGGGAGGUUUUACGACUAUUGUAUUUUUACCUAAACUGGUGUUCUUCAUAUGUAUUUGACUUUUAUCUCCUGCAGACUCCAUCCAACUUGUGAUUGAAAUUGCUAGACAUUUGGAGAGUUGAAGUCCAGGACUUCUAGACACCAGCUUAGGGAAGGAUACUGUAGAGUUCUGUGUCCUUUUCAGCCAAAGAAAGUCUCAAGAAGUUUCUCCCUAGUAAAGGAUCCUAAAUGAUAGCAUGCUUGAAAGGAAGCAUCAGCUGGCCUCCCCUAGAAGUCAUUAAUUCAGUGAAAACUUGCUAUUAAUGCUACAGGGGAAAGUGGGGGGGGGCAGCUUUCCCCAGAGUUCACUAGCAUUACUUUCUGUCCCCUUUGCAAUGUAAUUACCAACAUCCCUCUGCCCUCCCUUCUCUGAGAAAGCAUUUGCAAAAGACUUUCAGAAUCAGGUUGGCUCUGCCUUUUGUUCAUUAUGUAUCAUGUAUUUCCACUCCCAAGUCCUACAGACAUCUAUUCCCAGCCAUGUUGCUCAAUGCAAUUGCUUUUUCCAAAUAAAAAAUAUAUAUCCCCAAACCCUAAAUCUCUUUUCCUCCAAACCACUUGCUAGUAAUAAAAAUAUGAGACCCCCUGCCACAGAAAGUGAGUGGCUUAUUUAAAGGAUUGUGUUGUUAAGUUUCCACAGAGCAAGAAAAAGCUUACUUCGAAAUACCAUGCAGGAAAGAAGAGUUUCAAGAUCCAGCUUCUUCACACUAGCAAAAACUGCUUCUUCAUCAUGAGAUGAACCUGGGACUCUAUACCUAGGAACACAACUUGAUAUAUAUUGUAGCGCACAGCUUCUGAGGCCAGUGGUGGCCCCAAAGAACCCCUACCAAAGACCUAGUAUUUGUGUUUUGCUCUAAAUGUAUUUCUCAGAACUGUGCUGUUCAGCUAGGAGUCUGUGAUUCCUUGCCACAUUUGGUGCCCUAAUAAAAUAUGUCUUUUAAUUCU